AUGGCUCCCAUCCAAAUCACCAUAAUCACGGGCUUCCUCGGCUCAGGCAAGACAACGCUCAUCCUCAACCUUAUCCCCCAACUAAAAGCCGCCAACCCGGACUACAAGCUCGCCCUUCUCAAAAAUGAAUUCGGUGACCUCGCCAUCGACUCACAGCUCGCAUCGUCAAAUGCCAUAUCCGGCGUGCGGGAAAUGCUCAACGGCUGCAUAUGCUGCAACCUCGUCGGCCAGCUCAGCGAGGCCCUGAAGGAGCUGCAGGCCCAGGUGACACCGGACAGGAUUAUCAUAGAGACCUCCGGCUCAGCAUUCCCUGCCACCCUUGCCAUGGAGAUCAACCGUCUGGCCCGCCAGACAGGGCAAUAUUCCCUGGAUGGUGUUGUGAGCGUGAUCGAUGUGGAGAAUUGGAAGGGGUACGAAGACACGAGCGUCACGGCCAGACUGCAGGCCAAGUAUACCGAUUUAAUCGUGUUCAACAAGUGGGAGAACUGUGAUGAGCGCAGAUUCGACGAAUGCUUGGAUCGCGUCGGCGAUUUGGAGGUUGAGACAGCGUGGGUGAAGAGCAACAAGGGUCAGGUGCCCAUGAACCUCAUAUUUGGUAUCGAUGGGGGGCUAGCUCAGUCCAUAACGGACGAGCCGAGCGGCCACGGCCAUAGCCACGACCAUGACCACGCUCACGACGACAACCACCAAUCUGAGGUCGAGGUGCUGUCAGUCGAACUCACCGGCCCCAAGGGCUCCAGCGUCAACGCAGCAGCACUUCAGAAACUGCUCAAGGCGGCACCGAAGGACGAGGUCUACCGGAUCAAGGCCGUCCUGUCGUCCACCUCUGCGCUCAGGGGCUCCGAUGAAGAUCAGGCGACCCCGACGCCGCCGUACCCAGAGUGCAGGUACAUACUAAACUGGGCUUUUGGACGGUGGACCUUCACACCUGUGCCUGAAACAGUCGACGAGCACGAGUCGAGUGACCAGAAGACCCUUCGCAUGACCAUGAUCCUCGCACGGUACGAGAGCGCGAAAUGGAAGAAGAAGCUUGAGGGCGGGGGCCUUCUCGAGCUGGAGGGUGAUGGUGGCCCGGGGCAACUGGCUGUUACAAAGGUCGCAUAA